AUGAAGACCAAACCGAAUAUAACGUUUUCGAAAAUCACCGAUGAGGCCGGCGAACUUUUGGACAAGAUGUUCGGGAAGAAGGAUUGUAUGGUUGAAAUUAAUCCAGGAAGAGUGAUCCUGCCCGCUGAUUUCAUCUCCAUCGGGAACGCUAUUCUGGACGCUGAAGUAUACGACGAUGACGUCUGGAUGUGCUCUUACCCGAGAACUGGUUCAACUUGGUGCCAGGAAAUGGUCUGGCUUAUUGGUCACGAUUUGGACUAUGAAGGAGCUAAAUCUUUGCAGCAGAUUCGUUGUCCUCUCAUCGAGCUCUCAUGUAUAAUGGUGGAUGGUCACGCGGAGUGGUACAGCGAAUCUGUGAAGGGUACCUCGGUGGACCUCGUCAGCGGGAUCCCCCGGCCCCGGUACAUUCGCUCCCAUCUCUCCUGGGACCUCCUGCCGACUAACAUCACCAAUGAGGAUGGAACCGUUAAACCUAAGGUGAUCUACACUGCCCGCAAUCCCAAGGACAUGGUGGUUUCAUACUACCACUACUGCACGCUGGUCCAUGAGCUGAAAGGAUCCUUCGAAGACUUCUGCGACCUCUUCAUGAGAGACAGAGCACCUUUCGGGCCCGUCUGGAAUCAUAUUCUUGGUUUCUGGAACCGACGAAACGAUCCAAAUGUACUUUUCAUCAAGUUUGAAGAAAUGAAACGUGAUUUACCUGAAGUCGUUAGAAAGACUGCCAAGUUUCUAAACAAGGAGAUGAGCGACGAACAAGUAGACAAGCUCUGCGACUAUCUAUCGUUCAAAAACAUGAAGACAAACCGCGCCGUCAAUUUAGAGGCUAUUCUAGAGAAGUCUUUCGGCAAAAGCUACUUGGAGCAAACCGACUUGAGGUUCAUACGUAAGGGAGAAAUCGGCGACUGGAAAAAUUACAUGUCGGACGAUCUGUCCAGGAAAUUCGACGACUGGGCCGAGAAACACCUCAAAGGCACCGAGUUGAGCUUUGAAUAAUUAGGAUAUUAAGAUACAAAUGUAAAUAGUAUUAACUUCCUCUCUAACUUAUAGUUUUGUGUUAAGGUCGCAUAAAUUAAUUUCACCAAA